GCCAGAGCGAGGCGCCGACUUGGCCAGCACAGAGCCACGGGCCAAUUUUCUCUCCUCCACAUCGUCAACAUCGCUUGCUUUCUCUCUCGCUCUUUGUUGCGUAUUGUUGGGAUCUGCUUGCUGCAUUCUGCCUCUGCUUUCCCGCUUACCUUUCCGACCGUUUGACGCUUUUUAACGAAUCCUGCGAACAGGCCCCCGGCCGUAUACUUCAAAAUGAGCGACCAGCAACCCCAGGGCGAGGCCGAGAAAAACAUCGAGAUCUGGAAGAUCAAGAAGUUGAUCAAGCGCCUCGAAGCUGCCAGAGGCAAUGGCACAUCCAUGAUUUCCCUCAUUAUCCCCCCCAAGGAACAGGUCUCCCGUAUUGCCAAGAUGUUGGCUGAAGAAUACGGUACCGCCUCCAACAUCAAGUCCCGAGUCAACAGACAGUCCGUCUUGUCUGCCAUUACUUCGACCCAAACACGUCUUAAGCUGUACAACAAGGUUCCUCCCAACGGCCUGGUUGUCUACUGUGGUGAAAUUCUCACCCAGGAAGGCAAGGAGCGAAAGGUCAACAUUGAUUUCGAGCCCUUCAAGCCCAUCAACACCUCGCUAUACCUCUGCGACAACAAGUUCCACACCGAAGCCCUCGCUGAACUGCUCGAGUCUGAUCAAAAGUUUGGUUUCAUUGUCAUGGACGGUAACGCCACCCUUUUCGGAACCCUCUCUGGUAACGCCCGUGAAAUCCUGCACAAGUUCUCCGUCGAUUUGCCCAAGAAGCACGGACGUGGUGGUCAGUCUGCCCUGCGUUUCUCCCGUCUUCGUGAGGAAAAGCGUCACAACUACGUUCGCAAGGUUGCCGAAUUGGCUGUGCAGAACUUCAUUACCAACGACAAGGUCAACGUUGCUGGCCUGAUUCUCGCUGGUUCCGCCGAUUUCAAGAACGAUCUCAACGGAUCCGACAUGUUCGACGGUAGACUUCAGACCAAGGUUAUCAAGGUCGUCGAUGUUUCUUAUGGUGGUGAGAACGGUUUCAACCAGGCCAUUGAAUUGUCAGCAGAGACCCUCGGCAAUGUCAAGUUUAUCCAGGAGAAGAAGCUCAUUGGCAAGUACUUUGAGGAAAUCAGCCAGGAUACUGGCAAGGUCUGCUACGGUAUCGAUGACACACUGAAGGCUCUUGAGCUCGGUGCUGUUGAGACCCUGAUCGUUUUCGAGAACCUCGAAGUCACCCGUUUCACUCUUCGUGAUAGCGAGAACACUGAGACCAUUCUGACCUACACCAAGGCCCAGGAGGCUGUCAACCGCGACAAGUUCCUUGACAAAGCAACCGGCCAGGAGAUGGAAAUUGUUCUUCAAGAAUCCUUCUUGGAAUGGAUUGCUGAGCACUACAAGGACUUUGGUACUGCUCUAGAAUUCGUCUCUGACCGUUCCACCGAAGGCAACCAGUUCGUCAAGGGCUUUGGUGGUAUUGGCGGUAUCCUCCGAUACAAGGUCAACUUUGAGCAGCUUGCUGACGACAGUGAUGAUGAUGACUACUACGACGAUUGACCAAUCGACUCCCUCGAUUCCUCCGAGGGUUUGUCUCAAAUUCAAGCGUCCGCGUCCACGGUCGACAGCACAACCAUGCUUCUCGAGGCACCACGCUCCAGCAGCGCCGCCCCAAUGCCAGCCAUCCAACGAUUCUUGGCGCCGGGGCAAAGCUAUAGAGCGUUCCAUCAAAACCAUCAGGCGUCUCGACCAAGCCCAUUGCGCGCAAUGAUGUCGACGUCUUGAAUUUGAUGAUGGACGGGUUUAGUGUGGCAAGCCACCCAGCCAACCCGAUUACCUCACGGGACACAGAAUAAUAAAAGGAGUAUGGAAGCAGUGGCAGGAGACAGAUUGGCCUCACGAUACUUUUAGCAUAUGACAUUAAACCCCGCUGCCGUAUUUUUAAGCGCAGCUAAUACAUGGAGAUGAAUGAAAGAACAUGCUCAAACUGAGAUUCAAUACCGCUAAGCCCAGUGUAACCCAGACACCAGACAGUGCAUAGCCUUGUGCUGACUGUAACGCUGCUGCAUACUGUUCCCUCCA